AUGUUGUAUCAGUUGACUUCGGUGUUAAUGAUACCGGUUGCCGUCCAAAAGCUUGAUAUUUUGCAUGCCAUCACGGUGUCUAUUAUACAGAAGCAAUCAUCACCCAUCAUUAAACCUGCAUCGGAUAAACCUGAUCAUCCGCUAGAUCAACAGGUCAAGGGCCCGCCGGCUCCUCCUGCGAUUCCGUUACCUAAUACUCAAGCAAUCCCAGCUCCUCCUCCACCCCCUCCCGCUGUGCUGCCCUCAAAUACCACCUCGAACAGAUUCACGCCAAUCAAGCCGUCAUCGAUUCCGAGCACAAUGGGUCCACAAGGAGGUAAUGCUGCCGCAGGUGGGCAAGAACACCCGGUAGCACGUCCACACGAAAGUGAGUUGCGAAUUUGUCUUUGUUACAAAGUUUAUAUCAUAUAUAAUCGGAGUUAG